CCACCCAAUUGUCGUGCUCACUGAUGGUGGCACCACGAGCUCACGGUAAACACCCCUCGUGACGGAGUCAUGAAGAUACUGGAACAGACUGGGAGCGAAGGAGACAUGAUGGGAGGAGUGGGAAAUUCUGGAAAUAGUACAGACUUGCGACGAUGUGACGCUUAAAACCGUAAGCUAUUGAGUGCGAGACUAAUUAUUAAGCAAAAAGCCCAUAUCCUGUAUCCUCGGUAACGUGGAGGAACGGACAGAUGUCCGCGGAAGAUGCUGCGCUUCUGAAGACAGAGAGUGGGAAAGAAUGGGUGCAGGGAUGCUGACAAUACAAAUCCAUGGCUGCACGUGAAGAACUAGCUUUCCCUGAGAGUGCAUGAAAAAGAUUCCACCUGAUCAUCUGAUAUAAACCGGAGAACCGACGCUGCGAUGGUGACUGACAUGUUCUGAGCUGAGGGAACAGCGGCGAGAUGAAGGCGGCGGUGAGACCUAAGCGCAUGCGGCUUUUCUGGCGGCUCGGUGUCUGUGGAGUCGGGCUGAUCACCGCCACCUGGCUCAUGCAGCUCCUAGACGUAACAGACUCUCCAAGCCCCAGUGGUGUUGUUGGUGACUUCCCGUGGUCUAAGAGAGAACUAAUGCAGGAGAGAGAAGAGGAGAACCACACCUCCUACACUCCUACAACGCCCAGAGCUGCAAUCCACGAGUUUCCAGCAGAUAUUUUCUCUCCAGAGCAGAGGAGAAAAGGAGCAGUUCUUCUCCAUGUAGUCUGUGCGAUCUACAUGUUCUAUGCCCUGGCUAUAGUCUGUGAUGUCUAUUUUGUUCCAUCACUGGAGAAGAUAUCAGAGAAUCUUCAACUCAGUGAGGAUGUUGCCGGGGCAACGUUCAUGGCGGCUGGGAGCUCCGCCCCUGAGCUCUUCACCUCCUUAAUUGGUGUCUUCAUCACUAAAGGUGACCUGGGGGUAGGCACCAUUGUGGGAUCGGCUGUCUUCAACAUCCUCGUCAUCAUCGGCGUUUGUGGGAUCUUUGCCGGACAGCCUAUCUCGCUGAGCUGGUGGCCGCUGCUUCGGGAUUCUCUCUACUACAUCCUGUCUAUAUUGAUGCUGAUUGUGGUGAUCUAUGAUGACAAAGUGAUUUGGUGGGAGACCAUCAUACUGAUCUCCAUGUAUCUAGUCUACAUUAUCAUCAUGAAGUUCAACAGACCCCUGUCGGGCUGGGUGGAGAGGCACUGUGGUCGAGGGGGCCAGCCCUGCUUCAGUACCUUGAGACGGACCACCGCAGUGGGGCAUGGAGGAGUCGACUGUGACACCGACAUGGUGCUGCUGAAGAGAGAUUCGUGUGCAGGGCAGGAGACUGCAGUAGUGAUGGUGGAUGAGUUGAUGAGUCUGCACCCUCACCAGCUGAGCUUCUCUGAGGCAAGCCUCCAUCUCCUGAUCACCCCACAUUUCCCCCCCUACACACGUCUCCGCAUGGCAGGACGCAUGGUCAUCAAUGAGAGGCAGAGGUUGAGCCGGGCUCGGGGCCAGGAGGAGAACGGUGGAGCGGGGGAGGAGGGGGUAGAUGGGGCCACAUGGGGAAUAGGGAACAGUGGGGCAGAGGAGGAGAGGGGAGAUGGGGGUGCAUCAUGGGGAAUAGAGAACGGUGAAGCGGGGGACAAGGAGGAGCUGGAGGAAGAAGAGGAGGUCUCCUUCAGUCCCUUCAUAGUCCCAGGAGGGCACUGUGAGCGUGUGCGCUGGCUGGUGUCAUGGCCUCUGUGUCUCCUGCUCUGCUGUACUGUACCCAACUGUGUCCUGCCUCGCUGGAGCCGCUGGUACCUCCUGACCUUCCUGGCCUCCACACUCUGGAUCGCAGUCUUCUCCUACCUCAUGGUCUGGAUGGUGACCAUUAUCAGUUACACGCUGGGCAUCCCUGAGGUGGUGAUGGGCAUCACCUUCCUGGCAGCUGGCACCAGCGUACCGGACUGUAUGGCCAGCCUGAUCGUCGCACGACAAGGUAUGGGGGAUAUGGCUGUCUCUAACUCCAUUGGCAGUAAUAUCUUCGAUGUGCUUCUGGGACUUGGGUUCCCUUGGUUCCUGCGCACUCUGGUGGUCGACUACGGAUCAGUGGUGUAUAUCAACAGUAAAGGCCUGGUGUAUUCAGUUGUUCUGCUGUUGGGUUCAGUGUUCCUCACUGUCCUGAGUGUUCAUCUGAACCGUUGGUGGUUGGACCGCAGACUGGGUCUCUGUCUCAUGAUGCUCUAUGCCAUCUUCCUACUCUGCUCGGUCGGCUUCCAGCGACUGUAGGCCAGGUUCCCACACAUUUUAGUAUGAUUAUUAUGAUACUAUUUAAUGUGAUGUUUUCACAUGUUGACAUUAUUUAUCAGUCGUAUGUGUACGGGUAUUUAGUUAGUUAAUUUGCAUUUGAGACAUUUAUGAAUAUUGUUAUUGAUGGGAAACCUCACAUUUUAUCUUUGAUAAAUGUUUCAAACUGGAUCUUUUACAUAGUUUUAUACAGAGCAACUAGAGAAAUGUGUGAUAUCCGAAGAUGACCAGUCGAGAACAUCCACUUCACACAAUGAAUUUAUAAUGUAUUGAAUUUCUAUCUAUAGUUACUUGAUGACAAUGAUGAAUCAUAUUCUUAGAGUGAAAGUGUUAAAAGGCCCAGUGCAGUCAAACUUGAUUUUCCUGUUUUUAUAUAUAUUUUCACACUGAGUUUGGAAUAAUA